AUGACAGAUGUGCUGGAUACAUACUGUGGAUCCACGUUCUGGAAUGCCUCUCUCCUGGACCGCCCAGACCCCGACCUCACCGUGUGCUUUGAGCAGACAGUCCUGGUGUGGAUUCCCCUGGCCUUCCUAUGGAUAUGUACAUCAUGGCAAGUUCUGGCCCUCUGCAAGUCGAGACACAUUGGAGGCACCUGUUCAAGACUCUACCUGGCCAAACAGAUCUUCGCCGGCCUUUUGUUCCUGACCUCGAUGGCCGACAUGAUUUUGACGGUAAUGGAGGACUAUGAGGUUGAUCUCGACUCCACAACUAAUGGACAGAACCCGGUUGUUUUCUACGUAAACGCAUUUCUUUAUCUUCUGUCUUGGUUGUUGGUGAUGUUGAUUCACGAGGGCAGGAGACGGAUUGACGACAAGAACUCUGCCUGCAUCUUCAGCUUCUGGCUGCUGUCUGCUGCCUGUGACCUGUUAAUGCUGCAGACCCUCAUCAGAAUGACCAUUGACCAGGGUGGGCCUCCUGAUCUGCCACGGUUCACACUAUUCUGUAUCUCCUACAGUCUCAAGUGUAUAUCCCUGGUUGUAUCCAGCAUUUCUGACGUCUCCUCAGAAACUAGAGCUGCUGCAAAGAAGAAUCCUCACAUUGCUGCAUCUUUUCUCAGUCGAAUAACAUUUCAUUGGUUUAAUGGGAUGAUGAUGAAAGGAUACAGAAAGCCCUUGGAGAGCAAGCACCUGUGGGACCUGAACGAGGAGGAUCGAUGUCAGACUAUUUACGCUGAGUUUGACAAACACAUGAGGCAAGGCCUAAAGAAGGCCCAAAAGAAGAUGGGCGAAAAACAAAGCAAGGAACGCCACAAAGACGCAGAGCAAAUGAAUGGUUUUAACAGAAGCAUCAGCCAAGAUGUAUUAAUGAUGGACAAAAAGAGCGGGAAGGACAGAAGGAGAAAGGGCGGGAAGGAGAAGUCAGCGGCACGAGGGGCGACGGGGUGGCUGGUGGUGGCCAUGUUGAAAACCUACCGCUACAUCCUCCUCAAGGGCGUGUUCUUCAAGAUUUGUCACGACGGCCUUCUCUUUACCAGCCCCCAGCUGCUAAAGCUGCUGGUUUCGUUUACAGAAGACACGUCCAUCUAUGCGUGGAAAGGCUACUUAUACGCGGUGCUGCUGUUUGUCUUGGCCAUCGUUCAGUCACUGCUGCUGCAGCAGUACUUCCAGUGUUGCUUCCUGCUUGGCAUGCGAGUCCGGACUGCCAUCACAGCCGCCGUCUACAAGAAGGCCCUGACCGUGUCUAACGCAGCGCGGAAGGAGUGCACAGUGGGGGAGAUUGUCAACCUGAUGGCGGUGGAUGCUCAGCGAUUUAACGACGUCACCAACUUCAUCCACCUGCUGUGGUCGGCUCCGCUGCAGAUUCUGAUCGGCAUCGCCUUCCUGUGGCAGGAGCUCGGGUCCGCCGUCCUGGCCGGCUUUGCCGUCAUGAUCCUGCUCAUUCCCAUCAACGGGUUUUUGGCCAGCAAAAGCAGGGCCCUGGAGGUGAAAAACAUGAAGCACAAAGAUCGGCGGAUGAAACUAAUGACUGACAUUCUGAAUGGGAUUAAGGUUAUGAAAUUUUAUGCUUGGGAACCGUCAUUUGAAAAUCAAAUUAGUGGCAUAAGGGAGAACGAGUUGAAAAUGAUAAAGAAGUCUUCGUACUUGCUGGGUGUGGCCAUUUUCCUUGUCACCUGUACACCGUUCCUGGUGUCUCUGGUCAGCUUUGCCGUCUACCUGGCUGUCGACGAGAACAACGUUCUAGACGCGGGGAAAGCUUUCACCUCCAUCUCCAUCUUCAACAUAAUGAGGUUCCCUCUCGUGAUGAUGCCCAUGCUUAUCUCAUCGAUAGUCCAGGCCACCGUUUCCUGCAAACGGCUUGAGAACUUCCUGGGAGAUGAGGACUUGGACUCGUCUUCAAUCCACCACGACCCCACCUACGAGUCGGCAGUCAGCUUCACGGAUGCAAGCUUCUCCUGGGACAGAAGUGGAGACCCAACAAUCAAGGAUGUUACGUUGGACUUCAAGCGGGGCAGCCUAGUAGCAGUGGUGGGCCCAGUGGGAUGUGGCAAGUCCUCUCUCAUGUCGGCCAUCUUGGGCGAGAUGGAGAACAUCACAGGAUGUGUCAACACCAAGGGUACAUUUGCCUACGUUCCACAGCAAGCAUGGAUCCAAAAUGACACCAUACAGGACAACAUCUUGUUUGGUAUGAAGUUGGAGGACUCGAGGUACCAGGAAGUCUUGGAGGCCUGUGCCCUUCCUCAGGACCUGGAGCUGUUACCAGCGGGAGAUCUAACGGAGAUCGGAGAAAGGGGCAUCAACCUGAGCGGUGGGCAGAAGCAACGGGUCAGCCUUGCACGGGCAGUAUACAGUGGCGCUGACAUCUACAUCCUGGAUGACCCCCUAUCUGCAGUGGAUGCCCACGUGGGCAAGCACAUCUUCGAGAAGGUGAUCGGUCCAAAUGGUCUCCUGAAGGGCAAGACUCGAAUUCUUGUGACGCACAGCGUCACCUUCUUGCCUGCGACAGACCAGGUUGUGGUCCUGGUGAACGGUGCCGUGUCUGAAGUGGGGCCGUACCCGACGUUAAAGGCCAACGGAGGGGCGUUUGCAGACUUUAUGAACACCUACGGGGAUCGGAGAGAGAAGGGAGAGGGAGAGCCGACAGUGGAGGUGGUGAGGGAAGAGGACUUGGCAGUGGGCGAGGAGCUGGGGCCGAUGGCGGAUGAAGAUCCCGGUGACGCGGUGACUCUGGAGUUGAAGCGGGAGCUCAGUGAACGAUCCAGGCGGAGGGUGGGCAGCAGGAGCAGUGUGAGAGAGUCUCUCAGGAGGUCCAUGAGGAAGGGGAAGCUGCCGCCGCACAAGGAGAGCAGUGUGAAAAUGGUGAAAGGUCAGAGACUGAUCGAGGAUGAGACCAUGGUAACUGGCAAGGUGAAGUUCAGCGUCUACUGGAAAUACCUGCGUGCCAUUGGCUGGCUCCACUCUGUGCUGAUAUUGCUGCUGUACCUCGCCCAGAACAUAGCUGCCAUUGGUCAGAACCUCUGGCUGAGCGACUGGACCAAUGACGCCAGCCGUUACAACAGCAGCACCGAGCCGGCCUACUUGGGGGACCAGCGGAUCGCCAUCUUUGGAGUUCUGGGUCUGGCCCAAGGCUUCUUCGUGCUCAUUGCCGUGUUCCUGAUGGCAGAUAGGACGGUGGCCGCCUCCCGGGAUCUGCACCUGCGGUUACUCCGUAACAUCCUCCAUCUUCCCAUGACUUUCUUCGACACCACCCCCAUGGGAAGGAUCAUCAACAGGUUUGCCAAGGAUACCUACACCAUAGACCAGGCGAUUCCGAUGUCAUUCCGUGGCUGGCUGAGUUGUGUUUUCGGUGUGCUCGGGACGCUGCUGGUGAUUUGUCUGGCCACGCCGUACUUUACCAUCGUCAUCGUGCCUCUCACCCUGGUCUACUAUUUCGUACAGAGUUUCUAUAUCGUAACCUCCCGGCAAUUACGGCGGCUGGACUCGGUCACCCGCUCUCCCAUCUACUCCCACUUCGGCGAGACCGUGUCCGGCCUGUCACUGAUCCGCGCCUACGGGCACCAGGCGCGGUUCCUGAGUCACAACGAGAGCAUCGUGGACGGCAACCAGAAGUGCGUCUUUCCCUGGAUCGUGUCCAACAGGUGGCUUGCGAUCCGUUUGGAGUUUGUUGGUAAUCUGGUGGUGUUCUUUGCCGCGCUCUUUGCUGUCAUGUCCAGGGGCACUCUGGACAGUGGGCUCGUAGGCUUGUCCAUUUCAUACGCUUUAAAUGUGACCCAAGCCCUGAACUGGCUGGUGAGGCAGACUUCCGAGCUGGAGACUAACAUUGUGUCUGUGGAGAGAGUGGACGAGUACAGCCAACUGGACAAUGAGGCUCCAUGGGUUUUGGAGCAGAGGCCCGGAAGGGACUGGCCUUCGAAGGGCGAGAUUUCGUUUGUGGAUUACAAGGCACGUUAUAGACCAGACCUGGGCCUGGUGCUGCACGGACUGUCCUGUGAGAUCAAGGCUAACGAGAAGGUCGGCAUAGUUGGGAGGACCGGCGCGGGCAAGUCCUCUUUGACCAACAGUCUGUUCCGGAUCGUCGAGGCGGCCGGCGGCAAGAUCCUGAUUGACGGACUGGACAUCGCAACCAUCGGUCUCCAUGACCUGAGGCGGAAACUCACCAUCAUCCCUCAGGACCCUGUGCUGUUCUCGGGCACCUUCAGGAUGAACCUGGACCCUUUCAACGAAUACUCGGACGAGAAGGUGUGGGACGCCCUGGAACUGGCUCACCUGAAGCCGUUCACCGCCGGCCUGCCCAACAAACUCCAGCAGGAGGUGGCAGAAGGAGGAGAGAACCUCAGUGUGGGGCAGCGGCAGUUGCUGUGCCUGGCGCGGGCUUUGCUGCGCGGCUCCCGGGUGCUGGUCCUAGACGAGGCGACUGCCGCCGUUGACCUGGAGACGGACAGGCUGAUCCAGGCCACCAUCCGCCACCGCUUCGCAGCCUGCACCCUGCUGGUCAUCGCACACCGGCUGCACACCGUCAUGGACUGCUCCAGGGUGAUGGUAUUGGACGCAGGAAGAAUCCUGGAGUUUGACACCCCUUCUGCCCUCAUUCAAAGCAAAGGACAUUUCUACAGGAUGGCGAUGGAAGCAGGGGUCACAAUGGAGAAGAACACGGUUCUUUGACAUGGCCAGGCAGCGAGGGCAGGUCCCAGCUAUCGGGACGGUGGACGGUCUUCGAGCACAAGAAUCAACAUCCAACCCAUGAACGAGAGAGUGGCGAAGUAACACUGCCCCACUCCCCUCAAAACCACUCACUCAUUGGACCCACC